AUGGCAACCACGACGGCAACCGCCGACAGCACUACUCUGGUCGGCACCAUCCGCGCGACAGCUGCCUCAGCAUCCCCUCCUCAGCCGACCAUGAAGGCAGUUCGCUUCCAUGGCAAACGUGACAUUCGUCUCGACACCAUUGUUGCCCCCAAAGUCGGUCCUGGCAAGGUCAAAAUUGCCCCCAAGUUCUGUGGAAUCUGCGGAUCCGACUUGCACGAGUAUCUUGGCGGUGCCAACCUGAUCCCCAAGCCUGAGAACCCGCAUCCCAUCACCAACGAGACCUUUCCCCUCACACUCGGCCAUGAGUUCUCCGGCAUUGUCCAGGAGGUUGGUCAAGGCGUCGAGUCUGUCAAGCCUGGAGACCGUGUCUGUGUUCAGCCCAUCAUCUACGAUGGAGAUUGUCGCUCGUGCGUCAGAGGACUCGAGAACUGCUGUGACCAGAACGGCUUUGUCGGUCUCAGUGGAUGGGGUGGUGGCUUGUGCGAGACCAUGGUUGUCCCCGGCUCUUGUGUUAAAAAGCUUCCCGACAACGUUUCACUCCAGGAGGGCGCCCUCGUUGAGCCUCUUGCUGUUGGCUGGCAUGCCGUGGACAUUUCGCCAUUCAAAGAGACCGACAGUGUCUUGAUCCUUGGUGCUGGCCCCAUCGGCCUGGCCGUCGUGCAGGUCUUGGUCGGACGCGGCUGCAAGAACAUCAUCGUUACUGAAGUCAGCAGCAAACGCAGGGACUUCGCCAUCAACUUCGGAGCACACCACGUCAUUGACCCCAUCAAUGAGAAUGUGGUGGCAAAAGUGGAGGAAUUCACUGGUGGCCUCGGAGCAGACGUUGCUUUUGAUGCUGCGGGUGCUCAAGCUGCCCUCGAUACUGCGUUUGACGCAUUGAAAGCUCGAGGCACCCUGAUCAAUAUCGCUGUGUGGGAAAAGCGAGCCAACUUGGCCAUGAAUGGACUUGUUUUCCGCGAGAGAGGAUACAUGGGAGUCCUCGGAGACUUUGAGGCAGUUUUGGACGCAAUCUCGACUGGCAAGAUUAAACCUGCCAGCAUGAUAACCAAAACCAUCAAGCUAGACCAGGUCGUCGAAGAAGGGUUCCACGCUCUGAUUAAUGACAAAGACAACCAGGUCAAGAUUCUUGUCGAUGUUGGUGCCGGGCUGUCCACGGAGUAA